AAAUAAAACAAAAACCGCCCGCCAGAAUCUCCCUUUGGACGGUUGUUUUUCUUCAAAGCAUUUUCAUUCCUCAUCCUAACCAUUUUGCAAAUCUUUCCCCCAUUAUUCUCUCUUCCCUUUCUUUCUCCAUCAAACACAAUCUUUCUGUUUUUUUUUCUUUUUUUUUCCUGUCUUUUUCAAGAUUUAAAUCUCCAUUUUCACCACAUUAUCGUGUUGAUUGAUGAUUUAUAUAUGGUACUUUUCUAGGGUCACUUUUUCUUUGAAAUCUCGAAAUUAAAUAUAUACUCCAUUACUUAACUAGUAUAUAAUUUGACCGAAUAUUAUUGAAGUAAACGUACACGAGAUUUACACCUUGCUGCAUAUUGAUGAUGAGUCUGUUUGUUUCUAACAUAUUGUGAUAUUGUUUGCAUAUUUUAUGUGAAACUUUAUUUGUAGGUAAAGUAAGAAAUAUAUAGAUGUAUGUAUAUAGGAGAUGAGUAGUUUGAAAAUGAUGGGAGCGUAUGUAGUUAAGAAAGGGUGCAGGAAAUGGUAUGGGCAGGGAUGUAUGUUGAGCUUCACAUGCAAGAGGCUUCUCUCAUCUUCUUCUAUUCCAAGGAUCAAUAGAGAAGACAUCAAAUCUAUCUCAUAUGACUCCUCUUUCUCUCCAUGGAAGAUUCUAAUAGGAGGUCGGGAUUGGAGAGAGCAUUCAUCCGGAAAAGAAGGAGCAGAAAGAUACAGAACUCAAAACCUCCCAACCCACACCACCCCAGGAGCCUACGAGCUCGGCAUCGCCACCUCAGCUGCGCCAGCCCGCAACCUUGAGGCGGCCUCGGUGAUCCCCGUGUAUCUCGGCCAUGCCGGCGACGUUAGGGCUAGGCUUCAGAGGUACGGCCGCAGCGGCGCUCAUUUAGGGCAUCACCUCUUCUCCGGCGUAUUCUCCACAGACUUGCCGAUCGUAUACCGAUGGGCUCGUAUGGAAAGCAAAGAGCGCGCAGAGAGGAUGGAGGAUGAGCUGCUGGGGUUGUACGACUACGCCUGGAAUAAGAGAAACAACGCGCAUCGUCGCCCUCACCAUAUACUAUCAAUGCUCACCCACAAACAAUCACAAUUUCAUUUUUCCACUUUUCUUCUCCUAUAUUUAAAAACAAUCAAAUGCUCUAUGCUUACAUUUUGCACGCCUCCUAAAUGAAUUCAAUACUUCCUCCACUCAUCAUCAUCAUCAUCAUCAUCAUAUAGGAUAGGAUGAUGUGUUGUAAUUUUAUAACCAUAUAUACAUAAUUAUUUUCUAAUCCUAAA